UGUCCUGCGGCCGGGGCGGGUCCCGCCGCCCCCGCGGGCUCCGGUGCGUCAGGGGCGCGUCAGGCGGGGCGGGCGCCGCGCGGGCGGCGGCGGCGGCGGCGGCGGCGGGUGGCGGGCGGCGCGCACCGGGCCUCCUGCUUCUCGCUCCGAGGCUGCGGGACGGACGUUCCCGAGAACUCUCUCGCCCGCGGCCGGCCGCGCCCGGACGGCGCGCGCCGGCGGCCCGGCGGUGCCAGCAUGUCGGCUGCCGUGGCGUGCCUGGACUACUUCGCCGCCGAGUGCUUGGUGUCCAUGUCCGCGGGUGCCGUGGUUCACCGCCGCCUGCCGGACCCCGAGGGCGCGGGCGGAGCGGCAAGCUCGGAGGUGGGUGCGGCGCCGCCGGAGUCCGCUCUGCCGGGUCCGGGGCCACCGGGGCCCGUGUCGGUCCCCCCGUUCCCCCAGGUCCCCGCCCCCAGCCCCUGCGCGGGCGGCGCCGCGCCCCACCUGCUGGCUGCAAGCGUCUUGGCUGACUUGCGCGGCGGCUCUGGGGGGUGCUUUGGAGACUACUCGGGGGAAGCUCUGCGCGCCUCGUCCGGUUCCUCCGACCCGACCCCGUGCUCCGGCCCGAUCCUGUGCUCCAAGCCGACCCCGGCCACCAGCGCGGCCGAGGUCUCCGGACCCGUGCACUCCUCCCGCGCGCUCGCGGUCCCUGGCGCGCCAGCCAUCCCGGGAGUGCCUGCCCACCCUGGCGCGGUCUCCGGCGUGGCCCCUGGGGCGGGCCCGGCCCCCGCCACGGGUCCAGGCCCCCGUCGGAGGCCAGUCACACCUGCUGCCAAGCGCCACCGCUGCCCCUUCCCGGGCUGCAACAAAGCUUAUUACAAGUCAUCGCAUCUGAAGUCCCACCAGCGCACCCACACGGGUGAGCGCCCUUUCUCCUGCGACUGGCUCGACUGCGACAAGAAGUUCACGCGCUCCGACGAGCUGGCCCGCCACUACAGGACGCACACGGGCGAGAAGCGCUUCUCCUGCCCCCUCUGCCCCAAGCAGUUCUCCCGGAGCGACCACCUGACCAAGCACGCCCGCCGCCACCCAGCCUAUCAUCCCGACAUGAUCGAGUACCGGGGACGCCGUCGCACUCCCCGCGUGGACUCGCAACCCGCCAACCUGGUGGACAGCUCCGGCUCCGUCCCCGGGCAGGUGCCCAGCUUUACCACCUGCUUGUCUGACAGUCAUUGCUGUUAGUUGUCCCCUCAAGGACGAUCCCCCAGACCAUUGUCCUUGCUUUCUUUCUGCCCAUCCCUCUUUCCCAGAGUGAUUAGACCAAGGCACAGACUGGCUUCUCCGCUCUGAGGGUGGGUCCAGGCAGGCACGUUGGACUCUGGGGAGGGACUGUGGGCCCGAAAAUAGCAGGAAUCCUUACAACACGUAUAUCAUCCAAAAAAGGGGGGUUUGCCUCAAGACAGCCCCCAGUAACUGAUAAGAAGGGAUGAACCCCGGUACUCUCCAGAGUCCUGAAGAGUCUCCCUUCCAUGGGAACCAGAGAUGUGAAACUGGAAUUCUCAGGUGCCUGAGGAGCUCUCAGUCUCAAACGACUCUAGUGUCUUACCCACCCACCAGGGCGGACCUUGGAGAGGGUGUCAGGGGUGGCAGUCUUGGAAAUGUCCAAGACUGGGAUGGUGAGAGGCCUUUGGAAACAGAAAUGAUUUCUAUUUCUGUAAACAGCAAUGUUUACUAAUGUAUUUUUAGUGUAUUUUAAACAAGGAUCACAGGUUGAUAGGAGAUUGAUAUCCCCCACUCCCCAACUGCCCCAGCUACCUCUGAUAGGAGAGGCCAUGUAAGAGUCCAUGUGGAUGUAUGGCUGGGAGAUGCUUCUUGGUGUCUGGGGGGUGGUGCGAGCCUGUUUGCAGGUCCUGUUGCAAGGGUUGGAACCCUGCACUUGUGUCGUAGCUUUUCUUCUAAUUUGAAGUGCUACUUGGGGAAGUAACUUCCUGGCUCACUCGCAAUGAUAUUGGUUUAAAAAUUUGGAAACAAUCAUAAACGCACCAGA